ACCGCAAUAAAGACCGUAGACUUUUCUUAUUAUUAUUAUUUUGAUAAAAAAGAGAAAAGACAAAAUUAUACACUAAUUACCAUUUUGGCAUUUCCCAUGCAUUAUAUAUAUAAAAAGAAAAUAUUUUUUAUACAAAAAGAAGAUAAGCACAUUUGCCACGUCAUUCAUCUUCACCGAUAUAUAUCAUUCUUAAUUCAUUAUCCCAAAAUUAACUGUAUAAAUUAAAUUCAUUUUAAUUAACCAAAUCAAAAAAAAAAAAAUGGAAGAGCUGAAGCCGAGUCCACCCAACUCAUCUCCACUAACCCCAUUAGGCUUUCUAGAAAGAGCCGCCACCGUAUACGCCGACUCAACCUCAAUCAUAUACGACGCCGUUUCAUACACCUGGUCUCAAACUAACGACCGUUGUCUCCGUCUAGCCUCGUCAAUCGCCUCACUCGGAAUUAAAAAAGGCCACGUCAUCUCCGUCCUCGCUCCAAACGUUCCCCAAAUGUACGAGCUCCACUUCGCCGUUCCCAUGGCUGGGGCCGUCCUUAACGCCGUCAAUCUCCGUCUCGAUGCACGAACCGUCUCCGUUCUCCUUCAACACAGCGAAUCCAAACUCGUCUUCGUUGAUCAUCUCUCUCGCGAUCUGAUCCUCGAAGUUAUCGCGUUGUUUCCGAAGGGAUCGCCGAUUCCUCGCCUCGUUUUCAUGGCGGAUGAUUCGGGUUCGGAUUCGGAUUUGGAAAUUGGGGAAGAAUUCUUUUGUAGUUAUAAUGAUUUGAUUGAAAGAGGGGAUCCGGGUUUUGAGUGGAUCCGACCCGAAAGUGAAUGGGACCCGAUGAUAUUAAAUUACACGUCUGGAACGACGUCGUCUCCUAAAGGUGUUGUGCAUAGUCAUAGAGGAAUAUUUAUUAUGACAAUUGAUUCCCACAUCGAUUGGGGAGUUCCUAAACAGCCAGUUUAUUUAUGGACUCUUGCUAUGUUCCAUGCUAACGGGUGGAGCUACCCGUGGGUCAUGGCGGCGGUCGGCGGCACGAAUAUUUGCUUGCGCAAAUUCGACGCGGCUGUAAUUUACGACAAGAUUAAAAAACACGGCGUCACGCACAUGUGCGGCGCUCCCGUCGUUCUCAACAUGAUUUCCAACGCCCCGGGAUCUGAACCGCUUGAAAAACCGGUUCAGGUCAUGACCGCCGGAGCGCCGCCGCCUGCGGCGGUGCUGUUCCGGAUUGAGUCUUUGGGGUUUGUGGUCAGCCACGGUUACGGGCUGACCGAAACUGCGGGACUAGUAGUGUCUUGCGCUUGGAAAAAGGAGUGGAAUCGCCUUCCCGCGACGGAGAAAGCGAGGCUUAAGUCUAGGCAAGGUGUUGGGACGGUGGCGCUGACGAAACUCGAUGUGAUUAAUCCGGUGACCGGUGUCGCCGUGAAACGAGACGGGUUAAGUUUGGGGGAAGUUGUUCUUAGAGGCGGUUCGGUUAUGUUAGGGUACUUGAAAGACCCGAAAGCGACCGCGAAAGCGAUGACUCGCGACGGGUGGUUCUUCACCGGCGACGUUGGCGUUAUGCAUCCCGAUGGGUAUUUGGAGAUUAAAGAUCGGUCUAAAGACGUGAUUAUUAGCGGCGGAGAGAAUUUGAGCAGUGUGGAGGUGGAAUCGGUUUUAUACGGUCAUCCGGCGGUUUUGGAGGCGGCGGUUGUGGCCCGACCCGACGAGUUUUGGGGUGAAACGCCGUGUGCUUUUGUGAGCUUAAAAGAAGGAUUGGAGAAAAAGCCAACAGAGAAAGAGAUUAUUGAGUAUUGUCGUAGUAAGUUACCUCAUUUCAUGGUUCCUAAAACGGUGGCGUUUAAGGAUGAGCUUCCUAAGACUUCAACUGGGAAAGUUCAGAAGUUUGUACUGAGAGAUUUGGCCAAAGCUAUGGGAAGUGGAAGGAGUCGGAGCCGUAUGUGACACGUGGAUCGCACGUGCCUUUAUGAUCGGUUUGUUCGUUAGUACUAUAAACAGUAAACUUAUGUUACUUGUGGACAAGAGUUAGAGUUACGUUACGUACUCAUAUUUGUUUUUUUUUUUAUUGAAUAUUACGUGCAUGACAGAUAUAUAUAUAAAUAAAAUUGGUUUUUCUUUGAAAGGAAAUAAAAUUGGUUUUUAUUUUGAA